AUGCUUAGUGGAUUUUCACGCAGUUUAAUGGGAUAUAGUGCAUUCAAGUCUGAUAGUGCAUUCAAACAGAAAACAGCCGAUACACUAUACUCAUUAUGUGACUUUUUCCAAGCAAAAUAUGAGAACAAAGGUGAUGAUUUCUUUGCGGAAGCGACCGAUAACUAUCUCAAUAUAUCUAUGAAGGGUAGUCAGUUCCUUCUCAGCCGUCAAUUACCUGGCCAUCAAAUUUGGGUCAGCUCACCAGUAUCGGGUUCAUUGAAAUUCGACUACGAUAACGAAAGAAACGACUGGUUUGAUCAUAAGGUCAAAGAUCGUUCACUUAAAGUUUGUUUGACAGAGGAAUUACAGACCGCAUUUGGUUGUUAA